AGAGAGAGAGAGAGAGAGAGAGAGAGAGAAAGGGGACAGAGGAUAGAGAGAGGGAACGAGAGUAAAGGAGUGUAGUUGAAGGACACCAAAGAAGACAGACACAACAAAACUCUUCUGAAGAGCUGUGGAAUUAAACAAUAGAAGGGGACCCCAGUUCCUUUAUUGGAACACCCAACAUUGACCUAUAUUGAGAGGUACCAAAAAUGACCAUCCACCAUGCAAGCUGAGAACACAAGACAAACUAACCUCUGGAUACAGUCUGAGAGGAUCUGAAUCAACCACAAACUUACCAACGACAACACACUGUCAACUCAAGGACAUCAAGCUACUUCCACUCCCAAGUCACCGGUGCAGUUCCAACUCCUCAAGAGACUGAAGCGUCUAUCUACAGUAUCGCCUCGUUUUCAUUCGGCGCCCACGGGAAGGGAAGGAUGAUGGGAGCGUGGAGGAGCUGGUGCGGGGAUGUGAAAACUGAGGGAGAUAAGAGACACUCGAUGAGGUGGACUUGUCAGCCAUGUGCUGGGUCACUUUAAGACUACCCUGGGGAUUAACAGUAGUAGUGGAACUGAAGCCACAGUUGAAGCUUCUCUACACUUUCUGUUGCCUGUUUUCCUAUUGGAUUUAGAUUCAAUUUAGAUAAGUCACAGAAGGCCAAAGACGAUUUAUGUGUUUUGAAGUUUAAAAAAAUCUGUCACGUACACAGUUUACAGCAGGUUUAAAAGGUGCAGUGAAAUGCUUACAUGCUAGCUCCCUCAACAAUGCAGUACAAUUGUAGUUUUUGUCUUGUUUUGUCUGUUUUUCACUGAAUCUUAUGCAAUGCGGAAAGUCACUUUGACUUGCAAUUAUUCUCUAUUCACUCCAACAUGGAACACUUUUUUAAAUUCUGUUUGGAAUCUCAUAAGCAACUCUUUCAAAUCAAUUUGAAUACUAAUAAUAAUAACAACAGUUUAUCCCAGUAAAGCUAUCACUUCAUUGUAGGGACGUGCUGGCCUUAUUUAUGAACUCAAACCUAUCCCGAAGGAUGAACCAGAGCCAGAUGGGGCAUGUUUCCGCGGGCUCCGGCAGUAGCUCUGGAGGGGGUAGCUCCGGAGGUGGUGGUGGGGGUUUGUGGGUGACCUCUCUCCUCGGCGCUACCCUCCUAAUCAUGCUCGCCUUGGGGGUGGCAGGUAACAUCUACACCCUCUUCAUCAUGCGUUCCGCGGCACUCCGCCGGUCCGGCUCUAUGUACAUCUACAUACUCAACCUUGCCCUCGCCGACCUCCUCUACCUCUCUACGAUCCCAUUCGUCAUCUGCACCUACUUUGCUCACGAUUGGUUGUUCGGCGAGGCCGGUUGCCGGAUCCUCCUGAGUCUUGAUCUCCUCACCAUGCACGCCAGCGUCUUCGUCCUGGUCGCCAUGUCGUUGGAGCGCUACCGGGCCGUGGCGAAGCCGUUUGUCGCCCGAUUAUCCAGCACGCGGGGACGGAAGGUAGUGGCCGCCGUCAUCUGGUUCGUGGCGUUUGUCCUGACACUACCAAUGAUGAUUAUGAUACGGCUGAGGGAAGGGAAGCCAAACGCGGCCGGGAACGUCAAGCGGAUCUGUUACCCAACGUGGACCCAAGAGGCCUUCAAGGCCUACCUCACCGUCCUGUUCCUGACCAGCGUCCUCGUACCCGGGUUAGUCAUUGUUGGUCUCUACGCUGGCCUAGCACGUCAAUAUUGGACUGCUCAGGCUAGCUUGGGAGGAAGCAGCCGUUCAGCGAGAAGACGAGGCUUAAAACAAAAGGUAGUAAAGAUGAUUUUUAGUAUCGUCGUGGCGUACUGGGUGUGUUUCCUGCCUUUCUGGGGGUGGCAGUUGGCGCAAUUAUUUUCCCCGCAGUCCCUCAGGGCUCUGUCUCCUGCCACUCACAGUUACAUGAAUUUCUUUGUAACGUGUCUGACCUAUGGGAAUAGCUGUAUUAACCCUUUGUUGUACACCCUCCUGACCCGGAACUAUAAGGACUAUCUGGCUCAGAAGGGUCAGAGCACAGGGUCAAGUAGGGGAGACCUGGGGUCGGCAGCCGGAACACCCCUACAGGAGCUAUAAUCAGAGUAGAGGUGAAGUAUUUUGACGUGACACAAGCAGGAACUAUUAUACUUUACUUAAAUCCUUUUUCUCCUGGGGAGGAUAGGUCAUCCAUGCAGGAACUAUAAAAGACUGGAAGUUAAUUUGACGUGACACCAAAAGCACUAUCGCCAAAGCAUUUCUGAUAUGGCAUUUUUUAAAUUUUCAACAUGAGGACAUUUCUUUAUAGCUGUUGGGGCAAGAGCGGCCUCCAUACAAACAAAUAGGUUUUUGAGUAAUCAGUGCGGCGUAAGUUGACCUAUCAACAUGGCUUACUCUAAACUCACAGUAGUUUUUGUAUUUUGACAUAAUCUGAAUAUUAUUGGUAUAUAGUUAUACAGAUGUAGGAUAUUAAUGUGAGCCAGUUUGCUACAGCAGGAAAAUAAUCCUCCAGCAACAGGAAAUUAUAAUUAUUAUGUGGAUUAUAAUUAAUGGACAUUUUUGUAGGGAUUUGUCAAUUUUUCGUAAAGGGAUAUCAGGUAAAGUGGAAAUGUCAAACUUCACCAACCUUUUUAAACCUCAAAGCCUUUUUAAACCUCAAACCUAUACGUUUUUAAUUUCCCAUAUUGCAGCAAAGUUGUCCUGCAACAGGGUGAUCAAAUUAAGAUCCUACAUCUGUAGCUAUAGCUAUUUGACAUAUAUUUUGCCAGGGGAUUCUAAUUUGCAUUCAUCAUGUAGUCUGCUGUAUUUCUUGUCACAUAUUGACAAGAAUGUCAUUUAACAAGUCACUAUUCAUUUUUUUUUACUUUUACUUUUACUUUAUUGUCAUAUUGCCAAAAAAGUGCCAAGAUAAUUUUCUUGGUUGAUUUUCUCAUCUUGUAUUCCUUUAUUACAGGAUUAUUCAACUAAAGUUUUGACUGAUUGAUUUUGAGGUAAAAUGACUACAAUAUUGCCCUCUGCUGGCAAAAGUUUUAAAGUAAGUAAAGUAACUUUCACAUGCAGUAAAAUGUGUGGUACUCAAUUGUAAAGUA